UCUCUAUAGGAUGUACUCUUUGCUGUAGGCACGCGUCUGGCUCGCCCUUGCCUUGCAAGAAGCGCUUGGCACGAGUAGCAGCUGCCGCUGCUUCUCAUCCCUUUCCCCCUCCGGUCUAAGCGAUCCGGGCGGCUCCUGCGACAAGGCACUCGCGCCUUUCCCGCCUGCCCCUUUUUCCUUCCCUUCUCCGGGUGGGAAAGCCUCGAUGUGCUGCCGCCAAUGGCUGGGCCACAGCCAGGAGUCCACGCUCUCCAGCUCCAGCCGGUCCGGGUUUCGGCCAGCCUCAAGAAGGGCUCCACCUUCGUCAAGUGGGAAGACGAUUCUACUAGCGUGACAACGGUUUUUCUCAGAACAGACCCACAAGGAUUUUUCUUAUACUGGACAGAUCAAAAUAAGGUGCAGGAAUCCGAACUGUUAGAUGUCAGCUUUGUGAAAGAUGCGCGAUGUGGGAAACAUGCAAGAGCCCCUAAGGAUCCAAAACUACGCGAACACCUGGAUGUAGGAAAUGCAGGAGGACGACUGGAAAAUCGAAUGCUUACAAUUGUGCAUGGCCCUGACCUGGUCAAUAUAUCUUACUUGAAUUUAGUAGCCGCUCAGGAAGAAAUAGCAAAGGAAUGGUCAGAAGAAAUCUUCAGUCUGGCCACAAACCUGUUGGCACAGAACAUGUCCAGGGAUGCUUUUCUGGAAAAAGCAUACACAAAACUUAAAUUGCAAGUCACGACAGAUGGGCGUAUCCCUUUGAAGAACAUUUAUCGCUUAUUCUCCUCUGACAGAAAGCGUGUUGAGACUGCAUUGGAAGCUUGUAAUCUUCCAUCUGCUAGAAAUGAUUCAAUUCCUCAAGAGGACUUCACUCCAGAAAUAUACAGGGAGUUUUUGAGCAACUUUUGUCCUCGGCCUGAAAUUGACCACAUCUUCCUAGAACUGGGGGCAAAGAGCAGACCGUAUCUAACUGUUGACCAGAUGAUGGAAUUUAUAAACUUCAAGCAGCGAGACCCACGGUUAAAUGAAAUUCUCUAUCCGUUCUUGAAGCAGGAACAGGUUCAACAACUGAUUGAAAAAUAUGAACCCAAUAAUAGUUUGGCAAAGAAAGGACAGAUAUCAGUGGAUGGAUUUAUGAGAUACUUAAGUGGAGAAGAAAAUGGAGUUGUUCCACCUGAAAAACUGGAUUUGAAUGAAGAUAUGAGCCAGCCUCUGUCUCAUUAUUUUAUCAAUUCCUCACAUAAUACCUACCUCACAGCUGGUCAGCUAGCCGGCAGCUCUUCUGUAGAAAUGUAUCGUCAAGUGUUGUUGUCUGGCUGCCGCUGUGUUGAACUGGACUGCUGGAAAGGCCGAACUGCUGAAGAGGAGCCAGUCAUUACCCAUGGAUUCACCAUGACAACAGAAAUAUCCUUUAAGGAAGUCAUAGAAGCUAUUGCUGAAUGUGCAUUUAAGACAUCUCCUUUCCCUAUACUCCUCUCUUUUGAGAAUCAUGUGGAUUCCCCUAAACAGCAGGCAAAAAUGGCAGAAUAUUGCCGGUUAAUAUUUGGAGAUGGUUUGCUGAUGGAACCACUAGAAAAAUACCCACUCGAACGUGGAAUCCCACUUCCUAGCCCAGCGGACCUGAUGUACAAAAUUCUGGUGAAGAACAAAAAGAAGUCCCACAAGUCUGCGGAUGGGAGCGCAAAGAAGAAGCUUUCUGAACAAGCUUCAAAUGCCUGCAGUGACGCCUCCAGUGGCUUUGAACCCUCUUCCCCAGGAGCAGGUGAAGCAGAGAUAGAGAGUGACGAGGAUGAUGACUAUGAUGAUGACUGCAAAAAAUCAUCAAUGGAUGAAGGAACAGCUGGAAGUGAGGCCAUGGCUACUGAGGAAAUGUCAAACUUAGUUAAUUAUAUACAGCCUGUAAAGUUUGAGUCAUUUGAGAUCUCUAAUAAACGGAACAAGAGUUUUGAAAUGUCUUCCUUUGUGGAAACCAAAGCACUUGAACAGCUCACAAAAUCUCCGGUCGAGUUUGUGGAGUAUAAUAAAAUGCAGCUGAGCCGAAUUUACCCAAAAGGGACACGUGUUGAUUCCUCAAAUUACAUGCCUCAGCUGUUCUGGAAUGCAGGCUGUCAAAUGGUUGCUCUUAACUUCCAAACUGUAGAUUUGUCUAUGCAAAUAAAUAUGGGGAUGUAUGAGUAUAAUGGCAAAAGUGGAUACAGACUAAAGCCAGAGUUCAUGAGAAGACCAGACAAGCAUUUUGAUCCAUUUACGGAAAGUAUUGUAGAUGGAAUAGUUGCAAACACUUUGUCUGUAAAGGUCAUUUCUGGCCAGUUACUUUCUGACAAAAAAGUUGGAACUUAUGUCGAAGUAGAUAUGUUUGGUCUGCCUGUGGAUACGAGAAGAAAAGCUCUCAAGACAAAGACAUCUCAAGGCAAUGCUGUGAAUCCUGUAUGGGAAGAAGAAGCCAUAGUGUUUAAGAAGGUGGUCCUGCCUUCUCUAGCAUGUUUGAGGAUAGCUGCUUAUGAAGAAGGAGGAAAAUUUAUUGGGCAUCGGAUAUUACCAGUAUCAGCAAUUCGACCAGGUUAUCAUUAUAUUUGCCUGAGGAAUGAAAGGAAUCAGCCCUUGAUGUUGCCAGCCAUAUUUGUAUACAUUGAAGUUAAAGAUUACGUACCUGAUACCUACGCAGAUGUUAUUGAGGCAUUAUCUAAUCCAAUCAGAUACGUAAACCUGAUGGAGCAGAGAGCAAAACAACUGGCAGCACUGACUCUAGAAGACGAGGAAGAAGUAAAGAAGGAGGCAGAACAAGAUGUACCUUCAGAAGCUCACAAUGAACCUAAACCUACACCAGCAGAAAAUGGAGUAAAUUGCACUACAUCUCUCAUCCCUAAACCUUCUACUCAGGUUGUUCCAAGCCAACCAACACUGGGUUCUGUGAAAGUUCCAGCCAAAACAGAAGAUCUGAUUCAGAAUGUCCUGACAGAAGUUGAAGCACAAACCAUUGAAGAGCUAAAGCAACAGAAGGCCUUUGUGAAACUUCAGAAGAAGCACUACAAAGAAAUGAAGGAUCUUGUGAAGAGACAUCACAAAAAAACAACAGAUCUUAUAAAAGAGCAUACCACAAAAUAUAAUGAAAUUCAAAAUGAUUACCUACGACGGAGGGCAGUGUUGGAGAAAACAGCUAAAAAAGACAGUAAGAAAAAAAGUGAAACCGGCAGCCCAGAUCACAGUCCUUCAACUGUUGAACAAGAGUUGGCUGCUCUUGAUUCAGAAAUGACACAGAAGUUAAUAGAGCUCAAAGAAAAACAGCAGCAGCAGCUGCUGAAUCUUCGACAAGAACAGUAUUACAGUGAAAAGUACCAGAAACAAGCACAUAUUAAAUUGCUUAUACAAAAACUGACAGAUGUAGCAGAAGAAUGCCAAAGCAACCAACUAAAGAAGUUGAAAGAGAUUUGUGAAAGAGAAAAGAAAGAGUUAAAGAAAAAAAUGGACAAGAAAAGGCAAGAGAAGAUCACCGAAGCAAAGUCCAAGGACAGAAAUCAAAUGGAUGAGGAGAAGACAGAAAUGAUUCGUUCAUAUAUUCAAGAGGUGGUACAGUACAUUAAAAGACUAGAAGACGCCCAGACCAAAAGACAGGAAAAACUUGUGGAGAAACACAAAGAGAUUCGUCAGCAAAUACUGGAUGAAAAGCCCAAGUUACAGGCUGAACUUGAUCAAGAAUAUCAAGACAAAUUCAAAAGACUGCCACUGGAAAUCUUGGAAUUUGUUCAAGAAGCGAUGAAAGGCAAAAUCAGUGAGGAUGGAGAUCACAGCUCUACAACUUCUUCCCUGGCAUCCGAUGGUGGGAAAUUGAACCACAAACCACUGCAAAAUGAAGAGCUAGAAGAUAAUCCAGGAAAAGUGUUCGAUACCCCUCUCUAACAGCUCCCACAAAGACACCGUCUUAAAUUACUCUGACAGAGCAAGUUACCAUGUUGUUCCCCAGGAAUGUUCCUCUUUUUGAAUGACCAUUGGGCAGCUUCAAAUAUGGAAGACCUCUAUUGGGAUUGUACUAAUUUCUAAAACAAAUGGGUUGGGUAUGGAAAUUACAUCCUAUUUGUAGGCCUUGUUUUUCCUUUUAGUUUAAUGGCAUAAACUAA